GUUGUGUUGUAUAACACUAGGGAUGGGGGGAAGGGAUGGCUUUCAUGAGUGCUGGCAAUGACUCUCAACUGCAGCCAACACUAGUGUUGAGAGAACUCACAGACAUUGAUGUGAAAGCGAUUGAGUGAACACUUAAUGGCGUAAAACCCAAACGACACUCACUUUUUAUUACCAGUCAAUCAGUCCAUCGCUUCUUAAGAUUGAAUUAGACGUAGAGCUGAGUUGAUGUGAAGAGAUGUCACACCAUAGCGACGAUGCGAUGCUUAUCGCGGGUUCGGACAGCUUUUGGGAACCGGGAAACUAUAAGAAGACCACUAAACGAGCCGAAGACGGCUCCAAAUUAUGCACUGAUUUGACUCUAUUGAUCAAAGAGAGGGCAGAUAUCGAGCAAAACUAUGCCAAAAGUCUUCGCACGUGGUCUCAGAAGUGGAACCAAUUGAUCGAAAAGGGACCCGAAUAUGGGACGACCGAAGCCGCGUGGAAGGCGGUGUUGGCUGAGGCCGAGCGCCGGUGCGAUCUGCACACGAGGGUUAAGGACCAUCUGAUACAGACGAUCAGCACUCAGAUAAAGCAGUGGCAAAAAGACAACUUCCAUAAGUCGAUGAUGCAGAUGAAGGAGAAGAAGGAGUUCGACGACGCCUUCAAAAAAGCACAAAAACCGUGGGCUAAGCUCUUAACGAAAGUAAACAAAUGCAAACUCGAUUACCACAACGCCUGCAAAAACGAAAGGACUGCCAUUAAUCAGGAGAGAAACGCUUCUGGAGAUACUUCCCUAUCACCCGAUCAGGUAAAGAAACUUCAGGACAGAGUAACCAAAUCGAAAGAAGAGGUGAUAAAGACUAAAGAGAAAUACGAGGCGGCGCUCAGAGAAAUCAACGACUAUAACGCCAAAUACAUGGAAGACAUGACUGUAGUGUUCGAGAAAUGUCAGGAAUUCGAAGAGAAACGACUAAAUUUUGUUAAAGAGAUGUUGUUUGCAAUUCACGGCUGCCUUAAUCUAUCACAAGUUCCAGAAUUACCUCAAAUAUACGAAGAAUAUAGACAUACCAUUCAAAACGCCGCCGCAGACAAAGACCUCAAGUGGUGGUCAAACAACUUUGGCGUUGGAAUGGCUAUGAAUUGGCCUCAAUUCGAGGAGUAUUGCGAAGAGUUUCGAGAUAUAAUCGGAAAGACUAAGAAAAGCACUUCUGUUCCCGAGAAUGGUAUACAACUUGUAAACCAACAAAAAUUCAACGAAGAAUUGCCUGAAUACACACCUGAACUCAACAACAUCUCUAAAAAGGAGAAAAAAUUAUUUUCUGAAGGUUUGAACGCAAAUGAUAUCACACUUUUGGACCAUAGAAUGGAUAUUCACAAGAAUUCUGUUAAUAACGGACACAAAAUAGAAAUGCCAAUCAAGCGAAUCAAUCACCAGAGUAAUGGCAAACAAGAAGCGAAUCCAUUCGAUGACGACCACGAAGACUGGGACGACUACCCGAACGACGCUCUCGUCGACACCGGCGAAGCGGGAGUUCCCGUUCGGGCUCUCUAUGACUAUAACGGCGCUGAAGCUGACGAACUCACUUUCAAACAGGGCGAUGUGUUUGAGAAAUUAGAGGACGAGGACGAACAGGGAUGGUGUAAGGGUCGUAAAGACGGUCGCGUGGGUUUAUAUCCGGCUAAUUAUAUUGAAAUCAUCUCUAAUUAAUAACACUUCAAAAUUACUUAACAAUAAUUUAUUUAAAUAUUGAAAGUUUUUUAAACGACAUUUUUGUUAUGAUUGCAUAUUAUAUAACAUUUUAUUAUACAUAUGACUGACACUGUUGUCACAAAUCAGUUGUUGUUUUAUACAGAAGACAUUCGGCCAAUAGUUUUGCCCAUUUUUAAGACGAACUAACAAUUCAUUGUAUAUGAAAGCAUUCAUUUGUUAUACAAAUUACAGAAAAAUAAUAUAUACUUUAUAUCCAUGUUUCCAUUGAAAGGCUGCUUUUGGUUGUGGACU